CUGCCCCGCUCAGUCUCAGGCCGGGUAGGACCCCAGCAACAACUCUGCGAUCAAUUCAACCUAUGUAGAUCGGGCUUUACAAUCGCCUUCCAUCCUUUUAAUAAACUGCAUUUUGUGGGAAUAUAUCUCCGCCAUCCUUUGGAAUACAUACUAAGUCAUUCACUGGUAUCAGAAGGCAUUGGGAAGAGGAGAAAAGAAAAAUUUCCAUACUCGAUGACAUUACAUCGCAAUGUCCGAUCGUUUGGGGCAAAUUACCAAGUCCAAGGAUGGGAAAAGCAAGUAUUCCUCGCUCAGCCUAUUUGACAAGUACAAGGGAAAAUCAAUAGAAACCCCCAAAAAUACAGUAGUUCCUCGACAUGGCUUACAGAGUCUUGGCAAAGUGGCAACAGCCCGGCGUAUGCCCCCACCUGCUCAUCUGCCGAGUUUAAAAUCUGAAAACAAAGGAAACGAUCCAAACGUGGUCAUUGUGCCUAAAGACGGAACAGGAUGGGCAAACAAGCAGGAACAACCCGAUCAAAAGAGUUCUAUUGUAUCAAUACAACAGCUGCAGGAGUUGCAGCCACAGCAGGCUUUACAGAAAUCUGUCUCCAAUCUUCAGAAACCAUCACCAAUAGCCAACCCAGAGAACACAAACACAGGUGGACCAAAGCAAUGGGCCCAGCUAAAUGGAAAGGGAGUAGAGCCGGAUGGUUUAAGGGGCUCAAGCCGACUUCAACCCUUCUCUCACGAGGAAUUUCCCACACUGAAAGCAGCUGGAGAACAGGACAAGGCUGGCAAGGAAAGAAGCGGCUUCGAUCCGUCGUAUGGGCCAGGACCAAGCCUCCGCCCCCAGAAUGUAACAAGUUGGAGGGAAGGCGGUGGCAGGAACCUUCAACCUUCAUCCCUGACCCUCGCUGUGCCAGCAGAUCCUGAGGGGAAGCCUACUGCCAUAGGUGAGUCUGGGACACUCCCAGCCUCAUCUCACCCUUCCUCUGCCACUGCUACCACUACAUCCACUUCAACAAUAACUCCGUCACCAAGCUUUGAUGCUAAAGAGCCUUCCUUGAGACCAGCUCAGCCUGUUCGCAGAACAACAGUCCCUACAGCCCUGCAAUACCAACUUCAACACACUUCAACCGCUGUCUACCAUGAUAUGUUACCUGCAUUUAUGUGUUCUAAGGAAACACGGGAAGCCCCAGGACCAGACCAUGCACAUAAUACUGUAUCAGCCCCCGUUCGUUUUGAAAGUAAACCAACUUUUAAACACAAUUAUGCUAAACCGGAGUUGGUAAACGGAGACUUGAGGAGAGAGAAUCGUUUUGUUCGUGCACCACCCAGGGUCUCCUCUCAGCCCAUCCAUAGGCCAGGUGACAAGCCACUUCGGCCAGCUAUCAUCAAUCCUGAAGACCUGAAGGAUCUGGAUGAGCUAGACAAUGACUGUGAGGAUGGAUGGGCAGGACUCCAUGAAGAAGUGGAUUAUAGUGAAAAACUUAAAUUUAGUGAUGAUGAAGAGGAUCAUGCCCCUUGUGAGAAAAACAAAGCAUGGACUGAUUGGGAAAAUGAAAACCAGCGUGACUGCCACUCCUCCCUAAGUAUAGACGACUCUCACCCCCAGGAGAGCCCAGAAGAUAACUAUCGCUACCAACAUCAUCAUGAACCUCUGAGGAAAACCAGCGGCAGAUGCAGCUCUGCAGACAGUCAGCAGAAACACCAUGGUGACCCUGCACUGGAACAAGAGGACCAUCAACGGCAAUCUCAUGUUCAGCCUCCGGGCAGGGGGAAGUUUGUGCCGGCCGAGUUGUCUGAGGCUGUUGAAAGAGCUCGCAGACGUCGGGAGGAGGAGGAGCGGCGAGCGCGGGAGGAACGAUUAGCUGCAUGUGCUGAAAAACUUAAGAAACUAGAUGAAAAGUUUGGCAAAAUUGAGAGACAGACUUCUAAAACAGAUGACGGUCACAAAGAUCUAGAGGGAAGGGAUGUUACUCUCUCUCCCAACCGAGAUCAAAAUAAAUGCCACCAUGACAACUGGCAAUACAGCACAAAAGAUGGAAAUCAAAGUGCCACUGAUAACACUUCAGCGCAUAGCUAUCAAGAGGAGUCGGGCUUCUCUGGUUACCGUGGAAGUGACGAGGAAGGUCUAGAGUCCUCUUCCCCCCCAGGAGACAGUACUGUUCGCCAUACAACUAAACCAAUUCCUCCCCGAUUUCAAAAGCAGCCACAUCACCAGCAACAGGAGCAAUCAUACAAAAUGCAGCACUGGCAACAAUCAGGCCAUCCCUCUACCACGAGCUCAAGCCAUGCUCAACGGGGUUAUUAUCCCCCACAUGUUCUCGGAUUUGACCCUCGCUGGAUGAUGAUGCCACCUUAUAUGGAUCCCCGCAUGACCCAAGGAAGAUCUCCGGUGGAAUAUUAUUCAUCGUCAGCUGGGAUGAUAAAACCUAUGAUGCCCCAGGAUCACAGCCCUGUGUCUGAUGAAGGUUGCCAUUCAAGUUUACAUCCAGAGAGGAGAGCACCAUCCACUGAAUCGUGCACCAUGUGGAACCAAGAAAGCUAUCCCUUGCGCAGCUUCACUCCACCCUAUCAAAGACAACAUGAAAGCUCUGAGAGUUUGCGCCGAGAUGACAGAGGUGACAUGACAUGCCCCCAACAUGACUCUUAUGAGGAGAGAGCUAAAGAACGCCUAGACCGUCUUCAAGAUAAUCUCCCUUGUCAUUCAUACCUCAAUAGAGGGUCGGACAGGGAAAACAGACACCAUGAUGAAUUACUGUCUCCAGCUCACCCUCCUCAUCAUGGAGACACGGAUUAUCAAAGAUUGGACCACAGAGACAAAUACAUGAGGGAGGCAGCUGAGUCACAUGAUGAUGCAUCAGACAAGGAUAUUUGGAAAAGGGAUUCACUCAAGAAAGACAAUGGUCAGUGGUCUGAACCCAGUUCCAGCUGCAGCAGUGUUGGACAGCCUUCUGAGACUAGUGGCAGAAUGCUUACUCGCAGAACUGGCCCAAUCAAAAAGCCAGUUCUUAAAGCUCUAAAAGUAGAAGAUAAGGAAAACGAGAAGCCUAAACCGGAGCCUGAUGAGAAACCUGUACCAUAUCGCUUUGAAAAAGAAGUUCUCACCAAUGUAUAUGACUUGAAGAAAGACAACCAGCCACCAAACAGCAGGCGCUCGGCUUCACCUAUUGAAAAACAGCCUGAAGAGAAGCAGCGUCAGUCCCCUGCUCCUACUAAAACUGACAAACCUUUGAGCACCCACAAUGAAGACUUUACAAAAGACAACAGCUGGGAGAAUGGCAAGAUUCAUUCACCUAGAGAUGGCCAUGAAGGUCGUGAGCCACAGUUGCAUCGUCGUAAUAACUGGAUUUUUAUUGAUGAAGAGCAGGCCUUUGGUGGUGUGAGGGUCACAGGGAGGGGUGGCAGUCGUGGCUUUAGGGAAUUUAACUCUAGAGGUGGAGGGAGAGGUGGAAGAAAUGGAGAUGGUCUCAGAGGAACUUACAACAAUAACAACAGUGGAAGUGCCCCUCACCGGGCAAGCAGAGGCCGUGCAGUCCCUAGGGAUCAUGUAAAAAUGGAAGAAUUCCAAAGGGGUAAGCCGAGGAGACGCAAUGUCAGUGAAACCUUGAGCGAAGCUUCAGAAUAUGAAGAAAUGCCCAAGAGACGCCGCCAGAAGGGCUCAGAAAAUAGUGAAAUAUACACAGAAUCUGAAGUCCGGAAAGCUGACAGGGAUUCGUGGAGAUCAAACAAGGUGUAUACUGAUGACCAAGCAUCAACUGAUUCCAGAGAAAAACCUAAAGCAAGGGGUGUUGGAGGUCGUGCCCUUCCUCCAAGACUGAACAUGAGUGGAGGCUACAAUCGAAACUAUGGUGGGUCUAGAGACAUGUCCUCAUGGAGGGGCCGGGGAACUCAGUUUACUAACAACAGUGCAUCGGGGCAAGAAAACGGUUAUGAUCCAGGACAUGAAAAUGUCUACUCCCGUAGAUCUGCUGUUGAGAAUCUGAAAUACACCCCUAAAUUUACAGUAUCCUUAAAUGAAAAUGGCACUGAAGACCGUGAAGGGGAGUACUACUUUGACAAUGACAACCCUGACAGACAAGUUUUAAGAAGACGCAGACCUCCACGUCAAGACAAACCCCCACGUUUCCGAAGGUUAAGGCAAGAACGUGACCCUGGCUCAAACCAAUGGACAAGUGAUGAAUACUUAAACGGUGACUUUGCAAACUGGCCUGGACGCGCCAAAGGAGAUGACAGCUGGCCCAGUGGAUCCUAUACUGGGCGUUCUGCUCAACAUGGCCAAGCAGAGGAAUGGGAAACUGGUUCAGAAAACAGUGACUUUGGGGACUGGCGGGACAAGAGGAGUGGAAGUGGCAGCUCAGCUCAACAGGGCCUCUCUGAUAUCCCUUCAGACCCAAGUCAUGGUGAACCAGGUGCCAGUGAGAAAAGAGAACUUUCAAAGAGAAGCUUUUCCAGUCAAAGACCUCUUGUAGAUCGACAGAACAGAAAAGGAGAGCCGCCUGUCCUGGAAACAAACAAGAUGUCACGUACACCUGAAAAUCCUCCAACUUCAUCAAACAGAAGUGACAAUUGGCCUAAUGGAAAUGUGUCUUGUAGGAGGACCCCAGAAGAGGCAGGAUCAGUUUAUGGCAUAGAUCAGCCUGAGGAAAGGGACUCCUGUGAGUCCACUGGGAAGAAGUUAAACAAGGACCUGAAGCAAGGACCUGUGAAGACAGACAUUGAAUCCUUGUCACAGUAUGAGCUUGGUAGCUAUCAACUUGAAAGUGACACAGGAGGACCAGUGCCAAGCUCAGAUGGUUACCAAGAAGCUUUGUCUAAGAAGCAGAGACGGCCACAAGAUGAAGAAAGGAGGAGAAAGGAACAGGGAGCUACAAUGCCAGGGAAGAACAGGGUUAUGGCAUCCAAGAUUCCUCCUCGCUUUGCAAAAAAACAAGGAAGCGUGACUCUCGACCAUCCUGAGGAUGCACUCUCUUCUAAUAAUCUUGGAACAGAAAUCUGGGAAACGAAUAGCUCAGCUCUUUCAGUUCCCGCUUCAGGUGGAGAUUCUUGGACUAAACAGGUCUCGUACACGGGGAGUGAGCCCAACUCUGAGGACUCUGAUGCAAGCCCAGAUCAAAGCAAAGAACAGCACAAGCCAGGUCCUAUUGGAAACGAACGCUCCUUGAAGAACCGCAAAGGUUCAGAGGGUGUUGAUAGGCUUGAAGGUGGUCCUAUUACUCCAGUCAAUGGUGUGGAUCUUCAUGUGGACAGUGUGCUGCCUGUGCCUCCGAUUGAGUUUGGUGUUAGUGCCAAAGACUCUGAUUUUAGUAUACAGCCAGGUUCUACUGCAGUGCCUGUGUCAAAUCCUGUAAACAAGCUUCAGGAUGCACUUACCAAUAAUACUGCGCUUAAUCAGACUAUCCCAAUGCUCCGUUCAAACCAUUUGCAGCCUGGUAUAAACCUCAAUCCCUUAUCAUUUCCUUCUGCUGACUUGACAUUGAAAAUGGAGUCUGCUCGUAAAGCGUGGGAGAACUCCCAGUCACUGCCUGAGCAGGGAUCUCCUGGAGGUAGUAGUUCAGGCCCUCAGCCUCCAUGCAGUGUAGGUUCAUCUAGUGGUGUCAGCUACAGCUCUUUUGGUGGAGUGUCCAUGCCCCCAAUGCCUGUAGCAUCAGUCGCACCCUCCAUGUCAAUGCAAGGAAACCAUAUCCCCCCUUUGUACUUGGACGGUCAUGUAUUUCCUAGCCAGCCUCGCCUUGUGCCACCCACCUUGACACAACAACAGUCUUAUCAACAGGCGGCUGCAGCCCAGCAGAUUCCUAUCUCUUUGCACACAUCUCUUCAGGCUCAGGCUCAGCUGGGGCUUCGAGGGGGUCUUCCUGUCUCUCAAUCUCAAGAGAUGUUCAGUUCAAUUCCCCCAUUCAGAUCCCAGGUUUACAUGCACCCAAAUCUAUCCCAGCCCAACCCCAUGGUUCUGUCAGGUGGAGCCCCCCUCAAAGGGCCCUACUCGGGUUUUCCUGGUAUGCAGCCGUCUGAAAUGGUGAAGCCUCAGUCUAGCUCCCACUAUCAGCCAAUGAAUGGCAACCAGCCUAUGGUCUAUGAUAACCAGAUGAAUCAGGGUCCUGGGAUGGGGUCUUCCCAGUUGAUGGACUCUCAACUCAUCCAGGUGACCAUGCCUCUACCUGGGUCCCAGCUACGCUAUGGAUCUGCGCAGCAGCAUCUGAUUCUCCCCCAGUCCAUACAGUUGCAACAGGGGCAGAACUUGUCUGUGGGAGCGCCACGUCGAAUGAUGCCUCCAGGUUCUCAGCCCCCUGUCAUGCCUGGCAGUAGAGAGGGGUCACAGAUGGACAUGAAGAAUUUUCAGUUUUCUGAAAAACCCAGUCAUUCCCCGGGUAUCUCUGGAGGAACAUAUAGGCCUGGGUCUGCAAGUCCCAGUGGGAAGCCCUCUGGUCCUGGAGGACCUCUGCCAGCGCACUUUUCUCAACAGGUUCCCACUGCUCAGGGCAGCAUGAUGAUGCACAUGCGCCCACCCACCACAGGCCCUUUCCCUAACCCCAUACAGAGACCAGUCAUGCAGGUCAACAAAUCUGUCAUAAUCCGCUCCCCCCCUUAUUCCAACCCUGGCCGUGACCCUCCUCACUCUACUCCUCCCUCAGCCCCUGAGCCCCCUAUCAAAGGGCCAGAGGAUGGCAUGAAGACCAAAACCAUCCGAGAUGUGCGCAAGGCAGUUGGUGAAGGCAAGGCACCACCAGUGGGAUUAACCAGCAAACUACAGGAGCCUCUUCCUACAGGGCAAGCCAAACCAGCACGCACUGGAGCUAUCAAACCCCAGGCUGUUAAAGUAGAGGAGGGCAAGGCGUAAAAAUGGACCCUAAAAUCCUCAUUACACAGCCUGCAAACACACAGCCCCUUGCCCCUCUCUCUUUUCUUAGGGCAAGGGACUAACAAAAUAAAAUGUCCUCACAGACUUUCAGAACUGGACAUUAUUCCACACCGCAUAUAGAGAUAUAUAAAUAUAUAUACAUAGAAAUAAACAGUCUUUUAAGCAGAUCUAUUCAAUGUCAUCUUUAAUUUAUUAUUAGUCAUUUUAAGAGCAAAAUGCUAUAGAGAAAAUAUGUUUUGUGCGUUUGUUCCUAAAGUGGGGGAAAGACUGGGAUUUUCAUAAUAUUUUGCCAAAAUAUUGACCCACUAUUGCAGCGAUCACUAUUGCAGCAUCUAGCCCUCAAAACAAAGGAUGCAUUUAUAUCAUUAAGCAAAACUCAUUUUUAGAACAGUGCAGAGAGGCUUUUGACACUUUAUUGGGCUUUUUGCUCGAUAUUAGAGCCUCAAACUAUAAAAUUCAAGGACUGAUUUUUAAUCAGAGCAGAAAACUGACUGCAUGUCAAUGCAUUUUUUUUUCCUGGGUGAUCUUUUUUGCCUGUUAUUUGGCUUUUUGAAGAUAUAUGGGGGCUUUUCAGCUGUUGCUUGCUUGAGAACAUUUUACCAAAAUCAUGUUGCUUCCAUGAAAACAACUGACAUUUAAACAAUGUGUGCAUGUGAUGUGCUGAACAUAAAAAACAUUAACUCAAAUUGAGCCACAUACUGUGAUCAAACAAUGUGGUGACAACUGCUUUUUGGGAGAGGGUCUUGAACUGAUCCACCAUAGCUGUAAAACACAAUAGCUGAUUGAAGUGGUGGCAUAAUUAUGAUUUUUGGAGUUCUACUGCCACAUAAAAAUGUGAUUUUACAUUUAAUCUGGUGUUUCAACUUUUCUUUCCUUUUUGUUGUUUAAGGUCAAAACUUGUUCUACAAAUUGUUUUUUUGUGCUUCGAGGAUAGCUCUGCCAUUGUUUAUUCAGCUUUUUCUCAAGUGGCACAAGCAAUAACAUGCUGCCUAGAUAUAAUCACAUGUAGAGUCCAAGGAACUGUCUGAGUCCGAGUACAGCGGUCGUUUGGCAUUACCUAAAUUUGGAGGUGUUUUUUUUUUGUGUGAGCAGUGUCGUUUCAUUGGACAAAGAAGGACUUUUAAACUUUUUCUCUCAAAAUGUGAAGCUGUUGAAAUUACUCAUUUUUGGUUUUGUAAUGAUCACUUGUUUUAAAACUCACAAUGCCAUGUCAAACCGUUUAAAUGUUGCUUACUAAAAUGCUUCAUGACACUACAAAAUGUUGCAGUUUCUCUUCUACAGUGUUUCACUAUUUGUGUAUGCAUUCUUAAAUGUACAGUUGAGUGGUUCAGAAGAGGCCUAAAUGCACACAUUUCAUUUCAAAUAAAUAUUGUGGCACUAUAAGAUUUAUCAUUUAAAGGUCACUGUGUUUUAAGAAUGGACAGCUUUUCAUGUUUUGGGCGGGGCUUGAAGUGCUUUGCCUCUUCUCUAUUACUGCAAAAAGAUCUUGAUGCUUCUCAUUGUAUCAAAAUGUUUUACCAACUUUUUGUACUUUUAAGACUCAUUAUUUCAUUGUCAAUGUACUAGCAGUUUCUACAGCUGGUCCAGCACUUAUGCUACUGAUCUUUAUCCUUUCAGAUACUUGGUUAUUGCGCUCCCUUGUUAAAAAGCGACAAUUGAAAGAAAAGUAAUAAAGCAGUGGUGAUUUCAUAAAUGUA